AUGCGGCAAGUGUUCGUGGUGCUUUUGCUCUUCUGCUUCAUUGUGUCAGGCGAAAUCAAGCCUAAACCAAAGGGUCCACCUAUAGUUUGGGGGUUCUUUUCUACACCAACUACCACUUCAACUAGUACUUCGACCACUUCAUCUACCUCAUCUACUUCUACAACUCCAACUACAUCUAAAACCAUUCCUCCUGCUCCUGCUGAUACAUCCACAACUACAAAAGGAGUUCCUCCGGUUGUUGACAAAUCAUCUUCUACUUCAACUACCACAACUAAAACAACAACAACAACGACUACUUCAAAGGCGGAAGAGAGUAAAAGUGGAUUGUUGAUUGCUUUUCUGUUUAUUGUUGUGAUUAUUGUUGUGAUUACCGGCAUUGUUGUUCUCAUCGUUUUGAUGAUCUUGAAAAGUGAUAAAAAGGAGGAGGAAACCAAGUCCAAAACAAAGAAAGAAAAGAAGCAGAAAGGAGGUAGCAAAAUUGGUUAUGAAAAAUCUGAGGUGACAAUUGAAAAGAAUCCUGGACUUUCAUUGGCAUCGAAGACCAGAACCAAGACGAAAGUAAAUACGCUUAUCUAA